AUGACUAAAGCUGGUGUGGAUCUGCCGUCACCAAGUGCUGCAGCAGGUGCUGCUGUCGUGAAGCCGGUCGAGGAUGAAACUGCAGACGAAGACCUCAAAGUAGUUGCAGAAGUCGAAUAUGCACCCGGAAGCAGCGCAGCAGCAGCGGCGGGUGGUCGUGAGAAGAGGUUCAAGUGUCCAAAGUGCAGUUUAUCAUUUAUUACUACUUAUGCGAUGAAAACGCAUGAAGCGUCUGCGCACAGCACAGAUGCUGGUGGUAUCUGUGACAAGGUGUUUGGUGUACCUGUGCGAGGCUUCUUUUUCAUCUGCCGUAAUUGUUGUGCAGCAUUCGAAAGUCAGCAGCAGUUCAAAAUACAUCGAGUGAGUGAAACUGUAGUGCCAUUUCGUAAAAUGGUGGAUGCUUAUAAUCUCACAGCUGUUGUUGACAUUUGUUUUGUAAACAGUUCGUAG